AGGCUGCGCGGGCAUGCCGGGAAUUCCCCCUUUUCACGCACAAAACAGUUUCCCGGGGAGAUCGCGGGGCAUGCUGGGGCUUGUAGUCCGAUGGCUGUAUGGUGUGAUGCGCAGAGAAUGCUGGGAGCGGCAGUCCGGCGCCCUGGAGCCCGGCGGGCACGACAAGAGCAGGGGACUCACUUUCCCAGGCUGCCCCGCGGCCUCUCCAGAGACCGAGUGGCUUCUCUGUCGGCGGCGCGAAGGGAAGAUGGCGGCGCUGGUGGUUUUCUGGUCUCCGGCGCGCGGGGUGCGCGGGCUCAUUCAGCGCUGCUGGGGGCAGCUGGAGCGGAGCCUCCUGCGGGGGCUGCCCGCCCCGCCCUGGGCACCAGCCUUAGCUGUUCAGGCUCCAGCUACUCUUCCUGAUCCACUGGAAGAUAUUAGGGAAGAAAGUAACAAGGCUCCAAACUUUUUAGAUAGCAUCUUUUGGAUGGCAGCUCCCAAGAAGAGACGUACUAUUGAGGUGAACCGCGGCAGACGAAGACACCCUAGUAAACUUAUAAAACUCAAGACAAAUAUAGAUGUUUGUCCUGAAUGUGGCAAUCUGAAACAGAAGCAUGUCCUUUGUGGCUAUUGUUACAAAAAAAUUAAAAUGGAAACUGGUCUCAUAAGGAUCCAAAUAAAGGAAAAGGAAGCAGGGCCAUUUAAUGCUCCCACUGUAGAGACUGUAGUCUUAUAUGAGGGAGAGAAUCCUACCGAACGAGAUGAAGGCAAGCGGAUCAUAGAAAGAAACAGAAAACGUCCAAGCUGGUUCACACAGAAUUGAUUCCAUGGAACUAUAGAACUCCAUGUGGUCAAAAACAGUUGAUACUUCAGGAAAGAAGAAAAUGUUUAUCAAGAAUAUUCAUUUUUUUAGUUCAUUUAAUGCUAAGAUGGGAAGGAAGCUGUCACCUUUUGGAAAACCUACUUCAAAAGCAUGUCCUUUAUGUGUGAUUGAAUGUCAUUGCCAUAGUGUGGCAGUGGGAAGUAUCUGAAUGUAAUAGCAUUGUAGUUGUAAAAAGAGAGACAAUCAGGAACAACUUUAUGUUGAGGUACAUGCUUAUUGCACAUUAAGUGCAACAUAUUGCUUUAAUGCUAUACUACUGUAAAUUUAAAUGGUGAUUUUUACGUAAUGGCAUAAUGUAAAAUACAUUCACAGAUGUAAAAUAAAGUAUAUUAAGUUCUGUAGGGA